AAAGCAAUGGCAACACUGUUAAAGACAUGUUGAAGUAUAUACGCGAGACCAAGGCAGGGCUUGGAGAGAAAGAGGAGGAAUUAGAAACACAGCGUUCAAAUAAAAACUCAGAAAUUGAUGCAAAGCCCAAAGAAAUUGGCAUGGAAGAGAAUGCAAAGCAAUUUGAUACUCCCAGCAAUGCUUUAACAAAAUUUUCAAACUCCCAUGUGGAACAUAGUUCUUCUAAAUUUCUAAUGCCCUUUGCCACAGAAGGCUUGGCAAAUCAUCCAACAACAAUGAAUUUGCCUCAUUUGCCCAUUAAACCUUUCUACAAUCAUUGUGAGGGCCCUAGUCUCACCUGGUCCCAAUUAUUGGCCACCAAUCUGGCACCGAUUUGUAUACCUUCUCCCCAUGGUCCGGUUGAAGAUAUGGCAUCACUAAAACCUCAAGCCGCUGUAUCGCAUACUACAGAACGUGAUUUGAAGUCUCAAAUAACACCUCCACAAUCGCCACUGAAUAUAUUUCCAACAUUUCUAAUGCCUCCCACUCAUGGAGGCUGUGAACAGCUUAGAAUGCCACAGACAAACUCGCUACUGGCAAUGCCAACAUUUAUGAUGCCAGAUUUGUUAACAACACCGCCAACAGCAGUGGCCACAAAUAUUCCCCCAUUGUACUCAUCAUCAACAUCACCAUUGACGCCCUCAAUGGCCACCCAAAAGUCUACGUCGUCAUCAUCGUCAUGCCCAGUGUUAAUUAACGACAUAAAUUUGCCCAACUCUGGCCAUUCCAUGGUGUUUCAACAAACUGCGAAUAAGGCGGCAACAAUGGAGUUGGAGUCCACUAGCAGACAACACAUCGCACCUGCCCCAUCUCCCCAAGACGGCCAAAGCAUAACAACAAAACGUCAGAAACCAGAAAAUGUUGUAGCAUCUGUUGAUGAAGAUGCUCUGGGGGCAGAAGGUGGACCAGCCAACGAGAUGAUGGCAGACGAAAAAUUACUCACCGACAUUGGGUGGCAGGCGAAAUGCAUAAAACAGUCUGGCAUGUCUGGUGGCGUGGCAAAUAGAAAGUCAUUAACCCACAAUGCUGACAACAAAGCAGCAGACAAGGAACGCAUGGCUGCCACAAGGCAAAGGAAAAAAUCUAAAAACAAAAAUCACAACAAACAGUUACCACCAACACAAAUGCAACAGCACCCUCUCAAACAGCAUCAGCAUCAUUAUCUUCGGGAGCAGCCACCAAUUCCAGAUAGAACAUCCGCUUAUCAGCUGGCCCCACAACUUCAAAUACUCGUGCCCCAUGGUCCUGCUUUCGCCUGCAAUUCUCCCUUUGCCAACUCCCCCUCCCCCUCUUCGUAUGGAGAGCAAUUGUUGUUUGUGCGUAAUAUACACGAGAGAGAUCGUCUCAUACGAGAGCUGCAAUUACGACAACAUUUGCUGAGCAAUAGCAGCAGCAGCGGCAGCAGCAGCCAUAGUCAGGAGAGCAGCAACAGCAGCCCCACUAUUAGUGAUACCAUUCAAAGAACGAUUAAUGUUGGUGUUGCUAGAGCCAAUGUCGCCCUCCUCGAUGGGUGUCAUAAGACAGAUUAUAAAAAUUCAGGUGUCUCGUCAUACUCACCACCACACUCGCUACAACAGCAGCAGCAGCCUGCUAGCCAAAAAGGAAGCCCAGCAAAUGCUAAGGACUAUUGCCCACAAACUCAUGCAGAGAAUGUUACCAACAUCCCAGACAAUAAUGAUGAAGGCAAGGAAAAUACUCUCACAAAUACAGACCACAUCCAAAAUGGCAAGCCUGACACUUUGGCUGGGGGGCAAGCUAAUACUGUUGCCGUCUCUGCUGCUGAGCAUGGUGACAAUGAAGCUACUGCCCCCUCUACUACUACUACCACGGCCAUUGUUAAUCCAACUAAUUGGUAUGGUGAUGUCGAUUGUGUUGAUGACAUUUCUUGUCACACAAAAAUGAAUGGCAAAGAAAAUUGUAACACACCAGCAGAGGCGUCCGACAUCCAAGCUCAUCAUUUUCAUUCGACACAACACAAGCGAAUGCAGCAACAGAAUCAUCUCCCCAGUAAUAUGGAUGAUGGUCAUCAACGACACUUUUCUAUGACUUCACGGAAGUCCAUGAAUUCAUCUUUGGUUACAGACAGCUCAUUGCCAUCCUCCCCACCAACAUCAAAUUUGGCAGCAUUGCCGGUCGCGAUUAAUGAAGUUAUAGCCAACAAUGUAUCACAGGCACAUAAUGUCCAAGACAAUGAUGACAGCAUGGCCAUGGUGUCUGUGAGGAAAGAUCUGAGACACAUGUCAAAAUCACCUUCACCCAUACGAUCUUUAUCAGCUUGUCGCUCAUACUUUGAAAAUGAUGAUGCCAAAUAUCAUUCACCCUCACCCACCAAUCUUAGCCAAAAGCGUUCUCGUGAGUUAGACUCUGAAAUGGAAAAUGAAGUUUUGGAUUUGGCUUGUCACAGCAAUACUCCCAAACGUCAGAAUCGUUCUCCCUCACCCAUUGUGGCACAGCAAGAGAAAAUCCCCACUGCACCAGAGGCUGGCAAUAAUGUUUUUCCCAAUACCAAUGCAAACUCAUUCUUGGCCGCCUUACAAAAUCCUUUGGCUCCUUUGCUAUUGCAAAAUCCUUUGGGUUUAGCUGCUGCUGCCUUGCAACCGGAGGAUAUGCAACAUGCCUUUCAGCUGCAGCUGCAAGGCUAUAUGGAAAUGAUGCGGCAAAUGGCUCCCGACACUUUGCAGAAUCCUGCAGCAGCCCAAUUUCUAUUGCAAAAUUCAUUGCAAGCCAUGAUACAAUUACAGGCUUUGCAGCAAAUGAAGCAACAACAGCAACAUAGUCUACAAGAAGAGCCCUCAAAGCUGCCCCAACAAGAAGAGGAACCAUUGUGCAAAACUCCCAAUAUGAAUAUGAAGAAUUAUUCGACUCCCCAGAAUAAAUCACCUUUGAGAAGUCCUUCUUUAAGUCCUGUCUCACGCCAUGGUUCAGCUCGCAUGCAUACUCCCUCCAAUGCCUCCUCACAACCUACUCCUGCCACCACCAACUCGCAGCAGACCACACCACCUAAUGCUCUACACUUGCCCAUGAGUCUCAGCAGUGCUGCCAUGACUCCCAAUACACCCGGCAUGACUCCAGCCUUUCCCCAAUCCUCUAUGACACAAUCGGCUCUUGGCUACUCCAGUACCCCACAAAAUUCGAAAAGCUCCUCUGCCAAUACUCUCUCCCAGGCAGCACGCACUUUGGACCAAUCACCCGAAGAAACCACCGACUUGGAGGAGUUGGAGCAAUUUGCCAAAACCUUCAAACAAAGGCGCAUAAAGCUGGGCUUCACUCAGGGUGAUGUGGGCCUGGCCAUGGGCAAAUUGUAUGGCAAUGAUUUUUCACAAACCACCAUUUCCCGCUUUGAAGCCUUGAACUUGAGUUUCAAGAAUAUGUGCAAAUUGAAGCCCUUGCUGCAAAAAUGGCUAGAGGAUGCCGAUAACACUGUCUCCAAGCCAGGAGGCAUUUUCAAUCUUACGGCCAUGACCUCCGCUCCCUUGGUGACCCCAGAAAAUAUUAUGGGUCGGCGACGCAAGAAGCGUACCUCCAUUGAGACAAAUGUUCGCUCCACCUUGGAAAGGGCAUUUGCCAUCAACUGUAAACCCACCUCAGAGGAAAUCAAUCAACUGGCCGACCAAAUGAAUAUGGAAAAGGAGGUGGUGCGUGUGUGGUUCUGUAAUCGCAGACAGAAAGAGAAAAGAUCCAAUCCCUCCCUUGAUUUGGAUAGUCCCACAGGCACUCCCUUAAGCAGUCAGGCCUUUGGUUAUCCCCCUCAAUCUCUAAAUCUUACCAAUGGUCAUGAGGCUUCCUCGCUCUGUGGCAGCUCAAUAAGUUCCCUUUCUCCUCACUAUCCCAGCGGCAAACAGGAAUGAUGUUGGUAUACCC